AUGAAGACCGUAAUAGCUCUCCUUUCUAUUUUCAUUUCUUUUGCCCUUCUAUGCAACUAAGCCCUAGCAACUAAGGUGAAACUAACUGGAUCAGUCUACAAUAGUUAGCAAUCUACACCAAUGACGAGUGUGAAGAGAGUAUGGAUUGGAGAUACUCUAGACAACCAGGAUGCAUGCAAAUAAUUCUGCAGACUACAUAGGUCUUGGAGAUGCUAAACUAUCUAAAAGGUAGUAGGCAAAGCCUCAUACGCCUAAGUUACAUGUUACGGAGAAUGA